AAUUAUCUAUUAAUCUGUGCUAGCGGCGAAUGUCGAUGUCGAUGUUUUCCUGUUGUGUUUUGUAUUUGUUUUGAUCAAUUUUGAUUUUUGAUUUGAGACGGGUGGCCGGGUUCCAAGUUCAUUGUAUUAAUUGGAAAAAUGAGGCUCAAAAGAACCUCGCAAAAGCCAGAGAACGAAGAAUUGACACAACGGAAAAGGCAGAAGAUCAUCAGCGACGACUCCUUCAGUAAAACAUUGGCAGAGUGCGGUUUAGAAUUACACGAAAGCCCUGAAGAAUGCGUCACUUCACAUGAAACCAUUGUUAUCAUACGAAACUUGAAGAAAACAUUGCAAAAACAUACAGAUUAUCCCGCUAAUGUAGCAGAAUUUUAUUCAAAUUUCGAAAAGCGAUGUCGAGAUAUAGAUGAUUUCAAACAUUACCUUUUCCCGAAUAUCGUUCGGAAAACAGACAAUUCUGAAUGCCCAGUGUCUGACAGUCUAGUGAAAAUUUUACUCAGUGUACCUGUACUACAGAAGAAACUGAUAGAUUUUAUUUUUGAGAAAGCUAUAUCACUGGCAGCUGACGGUAAGCUGAUUCAAAUGAUACUGAAAUGUUUUUCUUCCUUAGAUUACAUUGUUGACAGCAACAAAAUCUCCAUACACCUUAUUGACCUUUUAGAUGUGACUGACGAACAUACGGUACGUUUAGAAAUAAUCACAGCUAUACCUGAUAUUGUAGGAGAUCAAGAGCAUGAGAAUAUUGCAGGAGAAAUGAGUAGGAUCUUGAGCAAUGAUCCCGAUCUGGUCCCAGCCAUACUAGACUGCCUCUCGUAUCUGUGUUUGUCAGAUGACCAAUAUGAAAGGCUUCAAAAAAAAACCUUAAACAUAUUAAAUACUAUAUCCAAAUGUAAAAAUUUUUCUAAUUUUGUUAAAUUUCUUCUAAUACCUGGACGCACUUCUGACAGUGCUUAUGUAGAAGUGGCACAAGGUUUAAGAAAUGCAUUAUGUUGGUCCACAUCUAUUGACAAACCCGAGGAGAUUGUGUCAAGUCAGGUCCUCACAGCUACUGCUAUAAGGAACUCAAUUGUAUCAUCGAAGGUGAUUGCCACUGCGUGGUUAAAAGCAGUCUCCACAAGUGCACGUAGCACUGACCACAGGCCAAUAGACUUUGUAAUUAUGGUCAUUCUAUAUUCCACCUCAGAAGAAAGACAAAAAUCAUUGGAGAGUUUAAUUCGAAAGGAAAUAAAAAGCAAUAUAUUGAAUGAAGAACUACUUGAUGAAGCAUUUGAAAAAUUCAAGCCCAUACUCAAAGACUAUUUGAAGCAUCUUAUUAGCUUGACAAAUUCUCUCUUAGAUAUUAAAGCUGAACCUGUUAUUCAAAAUUUUGCCUCUCAUCUGUACAUUUUGAUGUUUUCUAAGCUUGAAGAGUUCUGCCAAACCUUAGUAGCAGAACUAUUGCAACUGGGCUUAGAUUCAAAACAAUGUGUAAAAAAUAUGCUAUCAAUUUUAAAUAAAGUUGCAUCAAAAGAUAUGUCUAUACUAAAACCACAAAGUGUUCAAAUGUUGAAACUACUGGAUCACAUGGAUGAUAUGACUUUACCUGAAAUAAGAGCUGUAAUGAAUUUGCUUUGUGGUCUUGCAUACAGCUAUGAAAAUUCAGUUAUUAGGGAUGAUAUUCAUAUGAUUAUUAGGAAAGAAUUGGGAAGUUCUAAUCCUACAAUCAAAAUUCAAGGAAUUUUAGCAGGAAUACAUGCUGUGAAGUAUCUCAUGGCAUCAAAAGAUGGAGAAGACCUAUCAAUUGAUUCCGAAAUUGAUACUUCAGUGAACCAAUUAAUUCAAGGUGACCUUCGUGAGGCUGCACAAAUUAUAGAAUCAAUCAGUUGCCACACUAGACAAUAUCCUGAUAUGAUAGCAUUCUUCUAUGAUGAAUUAUGCAAAAUAAUCCAAUCAUCAAGUUAUAUAAAUAAAUGUUUUCUCAAUUGGUUAACAGAUGCUGUUACUAAUGAUUUACAACGAAAUUUUUUAGAUAACGGUUUAAAAGAAAAAUCAAUUAAUGGUCUUAAUCUUGAUACCCAAUAUUGUUUGAAUUCAGACAGUGAAAUAGAUGAAGUAAUAGCUAUUAAUAUUGCAGGCGUAACACUGCAAGCACAGGAAGAUGUUAAUAUACAAAUUUUGUCCCCAUUAUUUCUACUUGUACAGACUUUACAUGUCAGAAAAUACAAUGGGGAAUUGUCUCAAAUUGAUGCUUUGUUGGGAUCCCCAGUUGUUAUGCCCAUUUUUGAUGUUGAUUCAAUUGAGGAUAUGAGUUCCAAUACUGUCUCUAAUAUUUUAGAUUGUCAAAUACAUUGUGCCAAUUGGUUUCGGGAAAUAAUAAAUGCUUUUGCUUCACAAAAUGAUGCAGUUUUGAAAACAAAAAUCUUUAGUAGAGUAGCACAUCUUCGAAAGCUGGAGAAUUUAAUAAGCACAAUAUUAUAUAAGAUCAAUUUUACUUACAAGCCGCCAGUUAAUAUAUGUAGUUUGAAAAACAUUAAUAAUGAGCAUACAACGAAAUUAGGUACCAAGAAACAAAAUGUUAAACAGAAAAAUCCAAAGAGUACAAAUGAUGAAUCUGUUUUACUUGAAACGCUGAAGUCACAAUCUACUGGUAAUAACAAUAAAAUUGUUAUUAAAAAUAAGAUAGGACUCGUACAAAAUGUAAUCUUUAGACCAUUUACACUUAGUAUAUUGAACCUUCUGAAUAAUUAUUUAACAGAUAUUAAUACUGACGACGAACUUAGCUUAAACUUUGAAAAUUUACCCUUCAUUUUAAAGUGUAUUAACUGCAGUAUUGAAAAUGUAUUGAUAUCAAGAAUUAAAAGGAAGACAUUUUUAACGAAGCAAAACUCUGCAGAUACUUAUGAUAGUGUAAAAGCUGAAGACUGUGCAAGGUCAAUAAACAAAAUUCUUCCAAAGAUAAUUCACCACGUGAAAUUUAUAACUACACAUUUAGAUAAGUCUUUAACUAGUAAUAAAGAUGAUAAUGAAGAACUUUUAAUGAGUGACGAAAAUUCUGACUAUAUUUUAAGUUUAGAAUAUAUUUUUAAUAUCUUCACAAUAUAUUUUAAAUGGAUUGGAUUCAAAAUUCAACAUAAAGGCCUUUUAGAAACUUCAUUGCGAGAAAUUGCAAAUUUAGAUAAAGACAAUUCUACGUUUAUUCAAAAUUUAUUAGUAACAUGUGCUAAAUAUUUCCAAGAGCAUGAGAAAUACUGUGUUCAGAUAACGACUGCUGUAGCACUGCUGGGUGUUGUUAAUGCACUUCAAGAACAUAGUUCAAACUCGACUGUAAUAAUGAUAUUAAGGAAAAUGGCGAAAUAUUUCUUGUCUCGCGAAUGGAAAUCAGCAACUGGAGCUGCAGAAAAAGGACUAUUUUUUAAUCAGAGUAUUGAUACCUUUGUUCAGCUGAAUCUCAAACUUAUUGAAAUCUCAGAGCUCAAAAAUAUCAUUCUUUUACUAGAGAAUGAUGUAAGAAACUUAAAAGAUCGUAAAAGCACAUUGACGUUAUAUCCAAGUAUAAAUAAAUCAAAUUUACAUAUUUUGUAUAGAAAUUUGGGAGAUGCUCUUUAUGAAUCGGCUAAAAUAUCUUCAAAUAAAGGUUUAACCAACUUGGAACAUUUAGAUCUGUGGCGGGAUGUUGUAUUUAUUAUGAAACACAUGUCUGAGCUGGCUAAAAUACUUCAGAAUAGAAAUAUGUUGAUAGCUUUUUUUAAAAAGACACUUCCUAUAAUUAGAUUGUUCGUGCAACUUGGAAUGCCAAUAAUACAAUUGGAAUGUAAGAAUGAAAGAAGAGAAAAAGAAAUAAAGGAAAUUUUGGAGACAUUACAGCAAUCUACACGAUUUCUACGUACAUUGGAUGGUCAUUUUAGGAAAAAGAAGGAUAAAGCUUUACUUGGCAAAGUGCCUUACAUGAAACAGUUGUUAGAAACGUUAAUCUAUAAGGUGAAAGAACUAGUAGAAGCAAAUCCUGGUUUCGGAGUGUUUUGGAUAGGCACCCUCAAAAAGAAGAACAUUGACGGCGAAGUCAUUAAGACGCAACAGAGUGUUGAAAGUGACGAGUCUGCAGAAGACGAUGACGAGCAGUUAGCAGAUGAUGACGACGAUGAUACAUACAAUAUUGUUCUUAGUCCAAAUUCAAGGAGCGAACGAAGUGAAACAGUGUAAUUGUGAUUUAUAAUGUUUGUUCCACUUCUUUAUUGUUAUCAGCCGAUGGACGCUCACCGCUGAACAUAGACCUCUCUUGAGGAUUUCCAAACAAAACAACACAGUCUUGAGUCGCUUGAAUCCAUUGACUACCCGCAACCGGCUUAUAUCUUCGGUCCAUCAACACUGCGCUUGCCGGUGCAGGUUCGCCAGUAAUUUUUAUGGAUAUAACUACUAUAUUCAAUCGUGCAUUGCUUUCGUGUGCGAACUUAUUUAGUCAUCCCAUUUGGAACAUUUCGAUUCUUAUUCAAUGUUAAAAUUACUUACUUUAAUAUUUGUAGAAUUUUCAGUAUAUAAAUCUUAUUUUAAGUGUAUAAAUCUGAUAAUAUAUAUAUUCAUAUUAAUCAGAUUCUGAAGUAUAAAAUAAGAAAACCAAUGUUGAACUAAGGUUACAAUUCAUAAUAUUUGUCAGGAGUCAGGACGAUUUAAUUAACAAAUCAAAAUGUAACCAAAUCAUACUCUUCAAUGGCAGAGAAUAACCUUGAGCAGUCCCAGAGGCUUGUGACUCUGGGUGCAGGUUUAACCUAGGACUAGCCAACACUCUCAACCUUCACUGCUCAAGUUAUUCUCCCUGCCUACCUCAAGUAAGCCAUGAAGGAUUCGUCUGUCUACUACUCUUUUCUUACAAUACAGAUGUAUUGUAAGAAAAGAGUAGAUGCAUGUGUAAUCAAUCAUGUUUAUAAUCGAAGGUACAAAGUAUAUUUUCAUUUGCUUGUUGCAAAAGUCGUGCUGUCCACGACAACAAAUGAAAACUCAUUUAUCCUAAAUGUUUGUAACUGUUGUGCCUUUCUAGUAAUAAAAAAUUACUUUAAUAUAGUUUAGUAUGUAUAGUUAUUCUAUUUCAGGAAGACUUUGGAUGUUGUAGACUUGGUGACAGCACGAACGAUUUUGUGUGCGUAAACUAAAGGUCCGUCAGCAUAGCAUUUUUAAGUUAUUUAGAGUAAUAUACCAGUGAAUUAACUGUAGGGCUGGCUACAUGCCCAGUGAAGAGUGUCGGGGAUCCCUUCGUGAAUGGAUUGCCGACCGGCGAAUUCAUGAGCUCUGAAGGAAUACUUGUAUACGUAUAACAAAAAAAAACUGCGACAUGACGGUUAUUUCUGGGGUCCCAUCAUUGGCGUAUCUAGGAAUAUAGGGUGUAUAUCCUAGGGUGGGCCUGGCCCCCGGCAUCAAGUCUAUUAUUAGGGUGUGCGCACAUGUUCAUUCUUGGGUGAUCCAUCCAAUGAAUUUGCCCUUGGCCUCAUGAUAUAAAUAUAUUAAUUAAGCCACUGAGAUAUAUCAUAUACGUCUAUGGACGAGAGAGGAAAGAGAUGUAUUAUCAUAUAUGUCUAUGUAAUGAAGGGUGAAGCGAAUUUCGUUUUACGAUAACGCAGAUAUUCAGCAAUCACUUAUUUGAAUAUUUUAUUAACAUGUUACUGUUUUGCUAACGCUCCUUAAGUUUCACACACAAACACACUUAUCUGCAAAUAAUGCAAAUAAUAAAAAAUAUAAUGCAAAAAUGCCCAGCAUACCCUGAGAAUUUAUUAGGAACACAGUUUUGUGUCCUGACGGUUGGCCAUUUUGAACAAUUUGUACGCAUAGUGCACAUAACCCUAGCUAAAACAGCAGUUGAUGCGCAGACCAGUGGUCUGCGCAUCAACCAAAUUCAAUGUCUUCUGAAGGUAGACCUGAGCGUUUAUAAUAAGUAAUAAAAGUUAAUAUUAAUAAAAGUAUAAGUAGGUACGUCACUGCUUUGUAAAAAUUAAUGUUAUUUAAUGAAGAAUAAAACUUUGUAUUUUAGUUAAA